CUGUUCAUCUCUCAAGUCCUGCGAUCAUGUCUUGAGUAAUAGUGUCUUGAAUAUUUUGUUUUUUUGAUUUUUGUUUAUGUAAAAUUAAUAGAAGAGUCAAUUUUUUGUUGCUAUUUUUAAUUGUUUAUUUGUAAUAAGAAAUCACCAUCUCACCACUUCCAAAACACAGCCACUACCAACUAUUACUACUACAAUUACCACCACCACCAUCACCACCUAUCCCUACUCUUUCUUUAUUUCUCUUUCUCUCUUUCUCUCUCUCUCUCUCUUUUCUUUCUACUCUAUCUAUCUAUCUUUCUUCUCUCUCUCUCUCUCUCUCUCUUAAUACUAUUUCUUCUUGGAUUUCCUUUACCUUAAACUAUUAUUAAUAAUUAUUUGCUUCUUACUCUAUUAUACAAUAUAUUAUACAUAAAUAUUUGUCAAAUUGAAGAGAAAACAAUUAAACCAUGGCCACCAGUAUUAGGACUACUCUACAAACUGUCCAUGAAUCUGUUGCAACCACUACCACAACAACAACCGGAUCAACAACUGGGCGAUCUUUCUCUGCGCGAGGACCCGAGAAUCACCAUAUUGGUCGUUUCAGGCUAUUAAAGACUAUUGGUAAAGGAAAUUUUGCCAAAGUUAAGCUUGCCCGUCAUCUUCCAACCGGUAUUGAAGUUGCUAUUAAAAUAAUUGAUAAGACCCUUCUUAAUCCAUCAAGUCUUCAAAAGUUAUUCAGGGAAGUAAGAAUAAUGAAGAUGUUAGACCAUCCCAAUAUAGUCAAGUUAUUUCAAGUUAUUGAGACUGAGAAAACACUUUACCUUAUUAUGGAAUAUGCCAGUGGAGGUGAAGUUUUUGAUUAUUUAGUGGCUCAUGGAAGAAUGAAAGAAAAGGAAGCACGAGCCAAGUUUCGUCAAAUAGUGUCUGCUGUUCAAUAUUGUCACCAGAAAAGGAUUAUUCACCGAGAUUUGAAAGCAGAGAAUCUUCUUUUAGAUUCCCAGAUGAAUAUUAAGAUAGCUGAUUUUGGUUUUAGUAAUGAAUUUAGUCCAGGACAAAAAUUAGAUACAUUCUGUGGGAGCCCUCCUUAUGCUGCUCCAGAAUUAUUUCAAGGUAAAAAGUAUGACGGACCUGAAGUUGAUGUUUGGAGUUUAGGGGUAAUAUUAUACACGCUAGUCAGUGGGUCUCUACCUUUCGAUGGCGCCAACCUCAAGGAACUUAGGGAAAGAGUGCUCAGAGGAAAAUACAGAAUACCUUUCUACAUGUCAACCGAUUGUGAAAAUCUUCUGAAAAAGUUUUUAGUUCUUAAUCCUGCAAAAAGAGCAUCUCUUGAGGUGAUAAUGAAAGAUAAGUGGAUGAAUAUUGGCUAUGAAGAUGACGAAUUGAAGCCUUACGUUGAAUAUGUAUCAGACUUUAUCAAGCCAACUAAAGUUAAAAUUUUAAUGUCUAUGGGCUAUGGUAAAGAGGAGAUUGAAGAUUCCUUGAAGAACAAAAAAUAUGAUGAUAUUAUGGCUAGUUAUUUAUUAAUGUGUAAAAGAGGUACCGAUGCGAUUGAACUUGCUAACUCUGAAUCUCGAUCAAGUUCAAGUCUUUCAUUAAGAGAACCUCGUCCUGUUGAGGGUUUAUCUAAUAGUCAAUCACCAUCUCGUCCACAAAAAAAGGAGAUAUUCCGAAGUGUCUCAGCUAGCACUAAACAAAGAAGAUUCAGUCAUGGAGGUGAUGCCGAUAAUACACCCAGUGUUUCCAGUAAUGAAAAGACAAGUAAUUCAGAACAAGUCACCACCACCACAACCACAACCACAAAGAAAAUAAGCCCUCUUUUAAAAUGCAAUUUAGAUAGUAAUUCUGUAAAAGAGACUACUACUCCUUCCACUAAUGGUUCACAAUCACCUUUGACCACCAAUACUACAACUACUAUCGCCACCAAUAAAUCCAUUAAAUCUCCACCUUCUUCACUGACAACGGAAAACUCCCCGUUCAACCUUGGCCCUGUACUUAAUACAAAUAAGCUUACCGGAAUGGGAUCUUUAAGGCAACGGACAGUAUCACCAGUCACCGGUUCCGGAGUGAAAAAUACCCUAAGCGGUAUACCAAGGCGUAAUACCUUUAAUUACAGUAACGAGAAUAAGAGUGCCUCUAACGAGAAAACAACCACAGCGACAGAAACUUCUUCCUCUAGCGUUCCAGUGACUGAAGAUAAAACUUUGAGCUCAUUAACCACAACUACAGCUGUAGCAAUCUCCUCCUCAAUCACUACUAAUACUCAGACGACUACAAUAGCAUCAACAGGCUCGUCGACAAGUUGUCAUUCAACCUCGUCAAGUUUACGUCCAAAAGGACACACGAAAUCAGCUUCACUGUCCUCGUCUACUGGACGUUCUUCAAGCAGUUCUGAAGCCCGCUCAGAAUCUAAUUCUGAAACAAAUCGACCGAGCUCAUCAACGGUGAAAGGAACCUCAUCAACCCCCAAAACCGAUAGACUGGUUGUUAAUCGAGCCUUUCCUCGAGGGACCGCAAACCGUAGUACCUUUCACAGUGGUCAAACAAGAGAAAGAAGGUUCGAUCGAAUGACAUUCGAUGGAUCAGCUGGAGCACCUCUGCAAACACAGGACACUCUAUCUGUUAGCCAAUCCAGGCAAUCAUUUUUCAGCAAAUUAUCAUCCAAAUUUUCUAAAAGGACAAUGAACGAUGAACAGGUAAAGCCACGAUCACUACGCUUCACUUGGAGUAUGAAGACAACGUCAUCAAGAGAUCCUACUGAAAUUAUGGCCGAAAUAAGAAAAGUUUUAGAUAAAAACAAUUGUGAUUACGAGCAAAGAGAAAAAUUUUUACUACUUUGCGUUCAUGGAGACCCAAACACCGAUUCAUUAGUUCAAUGGGAGAUUGAAGUGUGCAAACUUCCUCGUUUAUCCCUAAAUGGAGUACGAUUUAAACGCAUUUCUGGUACCUCAAUUGGUUUCAAAAAUAUAGCAUCUAAAAUUGCCAACGAGUUGAAACUAUGAUAACAAUUUAUUUCCUUUUUUUCAUCCCUUGUCUCCUAUUCAUUUCUCUGAUUUUACUUGAUCAUUUUCUGUCUAAUUUUAUUUAUUUCUCAAUUUUCUUCUAUU